CUUCUCAAAUCGCCGCCUCGACAAAAUCCUUCCCGAAAAAAAAUUCUCAGCUUCCAAGAUUUAGAAAGAAAUAUGGACAUCGACGACGACGACGAGUUCGGCGAUCUCUACACCGACGUCAUCCGACCUCUAUCCAUCUCCUCCUCAGGUCCUAACCCCUCUCAGGAUCCCCUUACCAUCACCGGCAGUGACCGGAUCCCGACCAAAAACCCUAGCCUCAGUCGCCCUCUCGAAACCCUGGACUCGUUCUCUGGCGAGAAUCCGAAGGAGGACUGGCUCCCAGACAAUUGGAACGAUGAAGGCGACGACGACAGCAACGUCCCUGUCCCUGUCCCUGUCAAAGCCAAGGUCGAAGUCGAGGCUAGGGUUUCUGGAUCAAUUGGAAAGGAUGAGGCAUCUAGGGUUUCUGAAGCUGAGGAUUUCAAGAUCGGGAAUCUCGAUCAAGAACCGGUGAUCCCCGGGUUGUCCACUGCUUCUCUACCUAGGGUUUCUAAUGCUGAUGAUGACUGGGACAAUGAUAGCGACAGCGAGGACGAUCUUCAGAUCGUGCUGAAUGACAAUCAUCACAUGCCAAUGGGCGCGAUGGAUGAUGAUGAUGAUGGGGAAGAGGAUUUGGUUAUUGUUACCGAUAACGAUCAGCAGCAGCAUCACCAUCAGCAGGGGAUUGAGGAGCAGGAUUGGGGCGAAGGAGAGCUGCCUUCGGCGGCGGCUGAUGGAGAGAGAAAAGAGGGUUCGGAGGCGACAAAAGUAAAUGGAGCUGUUGCGGUUGUCUCUGGCGGGCCGAGGAUUGGUUAUAGUCAUGGGUUUCAUCCGCAGCAUCAUUCUAUGUACAAGUAUGUAAGACCCGGUGUAGCAGCACCUGGUGCUCCUCCAGGUCAAAUUCGUCCUCCUCCAACCAUAGGUUCUUUUGGUGGUCGUGGGAGAGGUGACUGGAGACCUGCAGGCAUUAGAGGUUUCCAUUCUGGUUUUGGGCCUGGUUGGUCAAACAACCCAUCCCGUGCUUUUGGUGGCGGAUUAGAUUUCAACCUGCCCUCACACAAGACAAUAUUUGAUGUUGACGUAGAAGGUUUUGAGGAUAAACCAUGGAGACAGUCCACAGUUGAUAUUUCAGAUUAUUUCAAUUUUGGAUUGGAUGAGAGCAAAUGGAAAGAAUAUUGCAAACAAGUGGAUCAAGUUCGUCUUGAGUCUACCAUGCAAGGCAAAAUUCGUGUAUAUGAGAGUGGGCGAUCACAGCAGGAGUAUGAUCCGGAUUUACCCCCUGAGCUUGCUGCUGCAGCAGGUCAUCAUGAUAUUUCCACUGAUAACGUGAAUCAUGCAAAGAUAGAUAAUUGCCAAACUGAUUUAAGUGGUCAGGAAAGACCAUUUGUACGAGCUCUUUUUCCACCAGGUAGAGCAAUUCAGGUUGAAACUGGUUCUGGUGAACGCCUUCCCUCUAUAGAUACCAGGCCACCACGUUAUCGUGAUGCAGAUGCAAUUAUAGAGAUUGUUUGUCGGGAUUUCAUGGAGGAUUCAACAAUUCAUACUACGGCAACUGAACAACCUGACAAGCAUACACAUGACGAAGAGCUUAAAGUUGUCCAUGCUGCUGAAGGUGAUAGACACAGUGAAUCUGAAUACCAUGAUGCUUUUCUGCAAACUUCCAGUGGUCAUAAGAGGGAAAUGGGAUCGAGAAGGAUUCCCCAUGCAACUGAAAGAAGCUUUAGGUUGCCUGACGGGGCCACAGAUGGAAGACAUUCCAGUGCAAUUGUCAAGUACUCUAGAGAUAGCAUCCCUAUUCAAAGUUCUCAAGAUAAGAAGCAUGCUGAUCACCCAAAAGAAAGGCCAGGCAGUAGCAUGGAAACUCCUGAACUAUCACUGGGAACAGCUCGGGAGCUGAGUGUAGAACAGAAGGAUGGUGAACUUGAUGGCAUGCUUGCUUUGGGUAAUAGUGUUGAAGCAAAAGGAGAACUAGAAGGAGAGGAGACUUCAGAUAUCCGAAUUUCAGGCGAAACUCUUGUUGAUGAGAGCAUCACUUACUCUUCCAAGAAGCAAAAAUUAAGCUCACGAGUCGAACAAAGUGCAAUUCAAGACAGUGUGGAUGAUGAUGAUUUAAGGAUCACACACAGUGACAACAGUAAAGCUAAAUCCGGAAAUAGCAAUCAGAAGAGGCGUGAAAGUGGUGAUGAAGAAGUACAAGGUGGAUGGUCAAGGAGAACUAGCAACAUGAGAAGGCGCCAUGAAAAAGAGGAAUAUCCUUUUCGUCAGCAAGAUAAUUAUGGGAGAGAAGAUAGGCAUGAGAUGGACAGGAUGCGUGUGGGUUCUAGAGGGCGGGAAGCUAUGUAUCAUUCUUAUCCACACAGAGAUUUUGAUCCUUUCUCGGUACAUCCUGUUCGAGGUAGGAGUGAAGGUUUUGAGAGGCCAAGAGAGAUGGAGAGUGCUUUUUGGCAGAGGAGGGAAGAUGAGACUCACGGCAGAAGGAUAAAAGAUGAAGACAUUAGGCGAAGUAAAGUUAGGAUAAGUGACAGGGUUGACAAAGAUGAUGGCGACUGGAGGGGGCAUAACAGAGAAGGAGGUACAAGGCUGAGGAAAAGAGAUGAUUUGAGUCGUAGGGACAACUCAGAUGACCAUCAAGGCAAAAGAAUGAAGGAUAAAGAACACUCAAGGAGAGAGAGAACUGAAAAGGAAGAUUCCUUGCAUGGUCAUCAUAGGGCCCGGCAAGGUUCCAGCCAGCAAAACAAGGAAAGGGAUGAUAAUCCUGAACUUAAAAGGAGGGAGGGAAGUAGUGGAAUGAGAGACAAGGCCGAGGAUCACCAUUUUUCAAAGCACAAAGAUGAAAGACAGCGACUUAAACACUCUCAUGAAGAUUUUUUGCUGCAUACAGAAAGAGAGGAAGGUCGGGUAGCUUCUAGGAGUGGACGAGCUACAGAAGAUAAGUCAUUAAGUGGUGGUGCAAGGAAUAAUAAGAGUGAUUCUAAACUUUUGGCAUCUGACAAGGAUUAUCAGCAGAAGGAUAAAAGACGACAUGGUGAGCAGUCAAAGAGAGGUCGAGCUGAAGAAGAAAACGACUCACAAUAUAAAGAACAUGAAGACGGACAUGCACGUGACAAGUUCUCGAGGCAUGAAAAGUUAAGUGCUUCUGAUGAUCUGAAGAUAUCUAAGGAGAAGCAUAGGGAGGUAACUAGGAAGAAUAGGGAUACUGAAGCCGCAGCUCUCGGCAAAAGGAAGUCUGACAACCACAGUGCUCAUCGCAAUGAGAAGUUGUGUCCCAUGCCGGUGGCAGUACUGUACCCAAGUUCAUGCAAACAUAGCUUUUCUCAGGGUAGCUCGAAAGGAAAAAAUGACCAAGAAAGCAACAAUUCUAGGGUUAAUCAGAUGCCACGUUCUUCUGAGAAACACGGGGGAGGAGAUCUUGCUUCAGACGACGAGAGCCAACGCGACUCAAAAAGGGGUCGUUCCAAAUUGGAACGUUGGACCAGUCACAAAGAGAGAGACUACAGCUCCAGAGACAAUUUGCAUUCAUCUUCCUCCAGAGCCAAAGAUGUCGAAAGCGUCAGUAACGACCUAGCACCGAUCGAUGAGUUGCAAAUAACCGAAGGUAAUAAUGAUGGAGAUCAAACUGCAGACAAGUCAGGGGAUGAUCGGGAUCGACACCUGGACACUGUGGAGAAGCUCAAGAGAAGGAGCGAGCGCUUCAAGCUUCCUAUGCCUGGAGAGAAGGAUGUGGCUUCGAGCAAGAGAUCAGAGAAUAAUGCAUCGCUGAUAACGCAGAAUGAAGUUCCUGCGUAUACUGAGGCUAAGCCUGAGCGGCCUGCUAGGAAGCGGAGGUGGACAAGUAGCUAAUUGAAGACCAUUGAAGAUUCUUAUAUCUCAUUAUCGAUGGCCAUCCGCUAAUUCUUGAAUAGCCUUCUUCAACGAAGCAGUGGAUGAAAUGGGAAUGUUUUGAACUUAUUUAUGUAUACUGGAUUUGUAAAGCUUGGCUCUGAUAUUAAAAUGGCGGGCGAUACAGUGCAUUUCUGUUGGGGAGAGUUGUGUCGUGUAUGCAUUGAUGGAGAGACUUGUAAUAGUGUGGAGAUUUAUACGCGAAGGUAUCCCUGUUUAAAACCAGUUAUCGGACCAAAAGGCGCGGGGUGGACUCCACCAACCUGAAGCUCAGCCUCUCAAUAGCGAGCUUUCACUGCAGUAUAAAGCUGCAAUAGGGGGUUUGCCCUUCAGUUCUUUUCCUGUUGUUUGAAAUGUAAAAUUGAGGUGCAGAUGGAAAACGUGAGAGUUUAUGUAUAAUUACUCUAUCUUGCUUUUUAAUUCA